AUGGUGGGCCACAGCCACAGGGGCCCUCAAGGUGGCCCUCAAGGUGGCUCUCAAGGUGGCCCUCAAGGUGCGCUCACGGUGGCCCUCACGGCCCCUGCGAUGAGGGGCUGGGGGGGCUUUCGCAGUGAUUACAGGCGCUCCUGGGGGACAUUGAUUGUCCUGCUCCUUCCAGGCAAGCCCCACACAAUGCUGACGAAUGAACUCACGGCCCUGCCAAGUCCAAUUAACUGUCAGUGCCGCAUCGACGAGCGCCUUGGGAUCCACUGCGACAGUGUCUGUCCCCAGGGCUUCUGGGGGCCCAACUGCUCUGUGAACUGCUACUGUCUGAACGGGGGCUCCUGCUCCGCGGAGGACGGCAGCUGCGUGUGCGCCGCGGGAUACAGAGGGACGUACUGCAGAAGAGUCUGCCUCUCGGGGCACUACGGCCAGGAGUGCAGCCAACCAUGCCCCCACUGUGUGCACAGCACCGGGACGUGCCACCACGUGACGGGCCGCUGCGAGUGCCUGUCCGGGUUCGUGGGCACCCUGUGCAACAUGGUGUGUCCGAGUGACAGGUACGGGGAGGGCUGCCUGGAGGCGUGUGUCUGCACCAACGGCACCUGCAGCCCUGUGGACGGCUCCUGCCAGUGCUUCCCCGGCUGGACGGGGGCAGACUGCUCUCUGGCGUGCGCCGUGGGUUACUGGGGUCCUGAUUGUCUCAACUUGUGUAACUGUCACAAUGGAGCCCGCUGCAACGCCUACGACGGGGAGUGCAGGUGCAGCCCCGGCUGGAUGGGUCUCUACUGCACGCAGCAAUGCCCUGCAGGUUUCUACGGGGUGGACUGCUCUGAGGUCUGCCGCUGCCAGAACGGCGCUGAGUGCGACCACACCACCGGGCUGUGUUCCUGCCGGACGGGAUUCAUAGGGAACGCCUGUGAGCAGAAGUGUCCUGCUGGCACAUUUGGCUUCGGCUGUCAGCAAUUAUGUGAGUGUAUGAACAAUGCGACCUGCGACUAUGUGACUGGAACAUGCUACUGCAGCCCCGGCUACAAAGGCAUCCGCUGCGACCAAGCAGCUCUGAUGAUGGAGGAGCUGAACCCCUACACCAAGAUCAGCCCGGCGCGCGGCACGGAGCGCCAGUCGGCCGGGGCCGUCAUGGGAGUCAUCUUCCUGCUCCUCAUCAUCAUGGCCAUGCUCAGCCUGUUCCUGUGGUACAGACAGAAGCAGAGGGAGAAGGGCCAUGAGAUCCAGCCCAGUGUGUCCUACACACAGGCCAUGCACAUCACCAGCACCGACUUCUCUCUCUCUGAUUGCGGAAGCACCAUCGCCAUGCGGCCUGGCACCAUCGAGGCCCCCCAGGGCCCGAGCGGGGCCAGUGCCGGGGGUCAGUGCUUCAGCAACCCCAGCUACCACACCGUGGCCCAGUGCAACGUCUCCUCCAGCAUCUCCAGCAGCCUGGACGCCACGCUCACCCUCAAAUCGAGCACCUUGAAAAGCAGGUCCAGCUCAGAGUGGAGGGCCUACUGCAAUCUCAAUGAUCUAGACGUUCAACAAGGGGAGAUUCAGACGCAGAGGAGCUCCAGGAAAGAUCAUAUCAAAGGGUCGCUGUGCGGCAACAGCUCCUGCUCCCUGAACAGCGAGAACCCCUACGCCACCAUCAGGGACCCCCCGGGGCCCGCCUGCCAGCACACGGAGAGCGGCUACGUGGAGAUGAAGUCGCCCUCCCACCGCGAGGUCCCCUUCGGAGGCACCGCCACCCUGCUCGGGAGCGCCGGCAGGAACGUCUACGACGUGGAGCCCACUGUGAGUGUCCUGCAGGGCCCCAACGGCAUGGCCACCGGUUUCUCCCAGAGCCCCUACGACCUGCCCCGCAGCACCCACCUCCCCAGCCACUACGACAUCCUGCCCAUGCGCCACAGCCCCACACACACCCCGCCACCGGCCGCCCCGGAGAGCCCCAGCUCCCUGCUCUAGGAAGGGGGGGGGGGGGGGGGGGG